UGCGUACGCAACGGUGAUAAAUGAGACCCCAGACCACUCCAGACCAGAGUGGAGCCAUUUUUCUGAGCCAAAAAUCCCACAAUAUCAAAUGGGUGAGGACAUUGAGAAAUAUUUGUUACGUUUUGAACGUAUUGCCAAAACAUGGAAAUGGCCAGAGAAUGAGUGGGCAUGUCGACUCGUUCCUCUGUUGUCUGGGAAGGCACUGGAGGCCUACACUGCGAUGGAUGAGGAGAAAGCCCACUGCUAUACUGACCUCAAAGCAGCACUGCUGAUGAAGUUUGACAUCUCACCAGAGAUUUACCGGCAGCAGUUCAGGGCAAUUUCUGUGCCCUGUGGUGAGAACCCAACAGAGACCUACCACCGCCUGAAGGGUCUCUAUCGACGCUGGAUUCGACCUGAGCAGCACACCAAGGAGCAGAUGGGGGAAGCCAUCAUCCUGGAGCAGCUACUCCGUGUACUCCCUUUCGAGGUGAGGACCUGGGUGAAGGAGCAUGAGCCAGUGGAGGGACUUGCAGCUGCCAAACUGGCUCUUCAGUACAUCAAUGCCCGGAGAGGAGGACCCGCCACACGCCCCACAAGUGCAGCACCCCGUCUACUGGUCCAGCCGCCUCAUCUUAUGGACUUUCAUAUGUAAUUCAGAGGCACUAACUCUAACUAUGUAAUGUAUUACACCAGUGGCAAGACGU